AUGGUGGAUAAUAUAACAGGAAUCACUAACGGCAGCAAAUCACCAGACACCAUUUUACUCAGUCCAGUCACAGCAAAUGUGAAUGUGAUCAUCAUACAGGUGCUGGUGGGCAUCUUCUUAUACAUCAACAGCCUCAUGAUCCUCACCUUCUUCAUGAAGGAGGCCUUUCGCACCGAUACACGCUAUAUCCUUUUUGCCCACAUGCUCUUUGUGGAUUCCUUUCUGAUGGUGGCAACCAACCUGGCUUUGCUGCUGAUCUACAACAGAGUGGCGAUCCCCUAUGAGGCCUGCGUGGUGCUCAACCUGCUCAUGAUCUGGUUGGAAUUCUGCACGCCUCUGACUUUGGUGGCCAUGUGCCUGGAGCGCUAUGUGGCUGUGUGUAAGCCCCUGAGGCACGCUGCCAUCUCCACGCCGAGGAUUAGAGUGGUGGGCAUGCUCCUCAUUUGGGGGCUGGGCUGUGUACCUGCCCUCGUCAUUCUCCUUUCCUUCGCAGCUCUGGUCUCAGCUGAGCGGCUCACCAUGAGAGUCUUGUGCUCCGUGGAUUCGUUGAUUGUGAUCGAGUGGCAGAAGUACCUCCAAAUUGCUGUGUUCAAAUUCUAUUUCUUGGUCAUGUCCAUGGUCAUCACCUUCACAUACGUCAAGGUGGCUGCAGCUGCCCGCUCUGCCUCUGGUGAAAACAGGAGGUCGAGCACCAAAGGCACGAGGACAGUGGCUCUCCAUGCCAUCCAGCUCCUCCUUUGCCUCAUACAGCUACUUACACCUUGGUUGGAGAUGGCUGUGUUACAGAUCAGCGUGGUGAUCUACGCCAAAAUCCGCGUUGCCAAUUUUGUUGUCUUUAUGAUAGCUCCGCGUUGCCUGAGCCCAUUGAUCUAUGGUUUGAGGGAUCAGAAUUUCUUCCAAGCAUUGAAACACUAUGCUGUUUGUGGCCUGGAUAAGAAGAUUCAAGCAGCUGCUUCUCAUUCCAGGAAGGUGGAAUUGAGGCAUUAAUGAGAAGGAGGCCCUGGGAGACACAGUGAGUGGACUUGAUAAGACUCCACAUAUUAGUGAUUCAGUGUUUACCUACGUUAUUAUUUAAUAUUGUUAAUGCCAU